AUAAAUAUAAAUAAGCUUUGCAUUUAAGUUUUAUCAUUCAACGAGUCUAAUAUCGUUUCAAAAAUGAUUGAAAAAUUUGUGGGGUUGUUAUCGUUUAUUUUAUUAAUUUAUCCAAGUAAUGGGUUAUUGACUAAAGAUCUUAAAGCUACGUUACCUAAUGGUGAUCAGAUGCCGAUGAUUGGUUUAGGAACCAGCAGAAUUAGAGGAACAGAUAAUGUUAGAAAUGCAAUAGAUGACGCUUUAGCAGUUGGAUACAGACUUUUUGAUACCGCAGCGUUUUACAAAAAUGAAGAAGAUCUCGGAAAGGCUUUUAAAGAACUUUUGCCUAAAUAUAAUUUAACACGUAAAGAUAUUUUUAUAACAUCGAAAUUAGCGCCGACUGAGGAAGAUUUUGGGAAACACGCUUAUAGCGCGUUGGAAAAAUCGGUAAAAACAAUCGCCUGCGAUUAUUUGGAUCUUUAUUUGAUUCAUUUUCCUGGAAUACCUAGUGAUAGUGGAAACAACUCGAGAAAUUUCUCCCAAUCACGAGACGAAAUCUGGCAACAAUUAGUUAAGGGUGUUAAAAAUGGUUUGACAAGAAAUAUUGGCGUAUCUAAUUACAACGUCAGACACUUGACAGAAUUGGUAAAUAACGAUCAUGGAGUUAAAGUAGCUGUAAAUCAGGUGGAAUGGCAUCCAUAUUAUCAUCAGGACGAUGUUUUACAAUUUUGUAAAAAUCAUGGAAUAUUACUCCAAGCAUAUUCGUCGUUAGGAGGAAGUGGAAAUGCAGAUUUGUUUAACGAUACCACAGUAAAGGCAGUAGCUGAAAAGUUGAAUAAACCUCCAGCCAAGAUACUUCUACGAUGGGCAUUACAACAAAAUUUAGCGAUCAUUCCAAAAUCAGUCAAAAAACAAAAUAUGGAGGCUAAUCUAGACUUAAAUUUCGAAAUCCCCGAUGAAGAUAUGAAGCUUUUGAGUAAUAUACCUCAAACGAAAAAAUAUAGAUGGGAUCCAGACACUAUUAUAUAAAAAAUCAAAUACUGAAGUGUAAUUAUCGUAAUAAAAUGUUUACUUUGAAA